AUGGAGCGGCCUCGCGGCACGAAGGCGGCGCCGCGCAAGAAGCGCCGCUGCUCGCCGCUGCCCGGGGCCGCCGCUGCCGCCCGCAGCCGCGCGGGCUGCGCCCUUCGGCCCUGCCGCCGGCGCCUCUUCGGCGGCGCCGGGCCCGCGGCGCCCCUGCACAGCAGCCUGAAGGGAAAGUGCAGUCUGAAAACCUUACCGAAAAUUAAAGAAAAGCUUGAAGUGACACAAGCGAGCCAUUCAUCUAAUCAAAGUACUCAACUGAAUGUCCAAGAGGUGACCAUUGUGGAAGAAACUGAAGAGCAGAUGGGAGAAAGUGCUGUACUGCUGAAGGAAUCUUCAGUAAUCAACUUUGAAAGUAAAGAAAGUUUGAAAAAUGCUGAAGUGACUUCAAGUACAGGAUUGACUCUUCCCACAGGUGUUUCAACCUUUCUAAUAGAGUGUUUAGAUGUAGAUUCCACUGCAGACUAUAACACAGGCUCUAAUGACAGCGUGAAUGUAUGCUCAUCCCCUGAAAUAUUCAGAGAUGAAGAUGGUUGGUCAGACAGAAGUAACCUUUGCCUCGAGGACUUUAUCAAAUACAAGAACUCAACUCUCCUGGACUCCAGCAAAGCAAUAACCAUAGAUAAGAUGCCACAGAUCUCAAAUCUGUCAGCAAUAUUAGAACCUAUGCAGGAGGAUUUUCGAGACCAAUACACCAGAAGAAAUAAACCAUCAAAAUGCAAUUACAGUUCUUCAGAAUUAAAUAUUUCAACUACCCUAGCAGGGAAAAAAAUCUGUAAAAUUACAGCUGCAAGAGAGAGAACUCCAGACCUAAAAACUGAUCUUCACUGUUCUUCACUGCCUGACAAUCAAGCCACUAAAGCCAAAAAGCUGAAAUGCAAGAAAAGAGCUGAAUUCUCUAGGCCUUUAGAAGAUGCAUCAUCAUUCAGACAGCUUGAAUCUGCCCCAGAAAACACUUCAGCCAGAUCAAUGGAGUUGACAGCACAAGUCUCGCCAUCCAAAAAGCCAGAUGCUGUGCAAAUGAGUUCUACCAUGCUGAUCAUGGAGAAUAACAAAGCCCUAAUAAAAAUCCCUGGUUACGCCCAGCCUGCAGAACUAGAUCCUAUAUGUAAUAGAGGAGAAAUCUGCUCCAUUGUUAGAACUUCACCAGGUCACAGGUCUUCCAGGCUUUCCAAAAUGCCUCUUAACAGAAGUGCAAUCUGCUUUCCCAAAAGAAUGCCCGAAGAUACGAUUACAAGUACCAGAAAUUGGGUCUACAGUAAACAUAGAUGAGAUUUCCGGUUUUCAGCAAGAGUCAACAGAAGAAGAAAGGUCUUGUUUCCUGUGGCAGAGGUGAAAUGAGGACAAUAAGCAAAACUACUGACUGUUUUCUUUUUCUUAURCACUGUCUAAAAUUAACAUAAUGCUGCUUUGUAAUAAGCCUCUAGAUGCUUUUCUUGAGUGCUUUAAUAUUAAAAUUUUUGUACAAGAAGUUAGAURUUUUGGGAGACAUUGUUCUGUAAAUACUCCAUAAGGAUAGUUCUUUAGUUAAUUUAUUAUUUUCUUAAGAAAAUGUGACUCAAGGGCAGCAGGCCAGGUUGUGUUGAUGGAAUUAUUUUUGGCACUUGCUAUGCCAAGACUUUAAGGUUUCUGUAGUAGUAUAAGCAUUUAAAGACAUGACCUCCACUUGAGCUAAGCGUUAACGUUGUUCAUAAAGGUAACUCUGUUCCUUGAAAAUGUAACUGUAAAGCAUUUAUGUACUCAGUGACUCAGAAGCCAAUACAGGAUAUUAAGCUACCAUUAAACUGCAUGCAUGGUUAGGUCUGCAGAGUUGGGGAUGCAGGAGUUUGUCCAGGUCUUCUUCCCCUACCAGCAUCCUAGUGCAGGUAUCUACUUGUGAUCAACACUAGCAUCACACAGUGCCCACUUGCCGUUUUCCCCUUUCUUCUCAGCUAUUCUGUAAUGCCACCUCCUUCUACACAGCCCCCCUSAACCCCAGUGUGUUCAGUAACCCCCAGAAUCCCUAGGACUGGGAUCUUGUGACACACUUCAUGUGUGUCACACAGCAAUGGUCCCAGUAAACUGUUCUGUGGUACAGACCUGGGGCUUGCAGACUGCUCGACCUCCGCAGCAAAACAGUGAGCAUCUGUGGAGCUUGAUUAGAGCUGCAGGCAGAGUGCUCCUUUUGUCACUUAAUUGUGCUCUGAUAGGGUCUAGCUUCUUGGUAGAGAGGCUGGGCCGAUGCCCUGGGAAGCAGGAGAGAGGAGGGCUCAGAAGGCCCAUGUUUGUUCACGUAACACAUCCCAAUUCUUUCCAAAGCUGGAUAUUUGUGUUCUGGAUUUUCAGGUUGCUGCUCAGGCUACCUGGAGCAUAGGUCUUCCAUGUGCUUCCAAAUCAGUCUCUGGGUUGUUAAUCUAGAAAURCCAUUCUUCCAAAGACUGCUGGGUGCCUGAACAAAAAGUCUUCUGCACUUGCAUUUAUUGCAGGCUUAAAGUAUCUUGGAUCCCUACAAAUGUUCUCACUAACAACCACCUUUACUCAGGAUCUCUUCUGUAGAAAUAAAGGAAAUUUUACAAGAUAGUGUGGCUUUCCAGACCUUUGUUUCUCAAUAUUAUGAGCCAGAACGUUUGUGCUCUGGAAAGUAUUUCUAAAUUUCCAAAAGGAGUAUGGCAGGAAGACAUAAAAUCCAAAACUUUAAUUAGUUUGACUGCAUUUGGAAGUACCUGUGAAAGUUCAGACCCUGAACCUCUUCCCACUGCUUUCAGGUAGAAACAGAUGCAAAUAUAUACCAUUAGAUUUAGUCUAUAAACAAGUAUUAUAUAAACAUAUUACAUGGCUCAAGGUUAAAAAUGAUGGCAUUAAGUUAUUUUUCCUUUGAGCAUAGUGGAGUGGGUUCUGCCAGCAACUUGUUGGAGACCUCUUGGGAAUGCUUCUAAUUACCAGUAUCCUUGUUCCUACAAAUAUUCAGCCACUAGUAAUUAAGGAUGCAAGAAUCUAGAGCCCGUAGGUGAUGGAAGUUAGCACCUUGGCUUAGCUUUCUAUUCUGCUUAAAGCUGUUUAUCUAAUACGUUGCAAUUGCAAAGACUGUGCAAGUAAUGGUUCACACUUAAAGGAUGAUGCAGAAUAAAAGAAAUACCUACUCUAGGACUUCUAGAAAACCUAUUAAAAAAAAAAAACACUUUAUUUUGCCCCCAAAGCAUUUUAUAGUGUCCCUAUAAGGAGCAGGCUAAUAGUGGCAAACUACAAAGGUAGUGCAAGACAAGAAGGCAUCAUCUGUUAAAUGUGCUAGGGUUGUAGCUGCCUGAAAAUUGCCAGCUUUUGCUCCUGUUUUUCUCAAUGUGAUGGGAAGGAAUAUAUAGGAGAACAGAAAUAACAUGAACUGCGAUCUCUCGUGUCCUUCCCUUCAGUUACAAAAAUGCUGCUUCUCAUUUUCAGCCUUUGUCUGACUYGAAGAGAAAGUGUAAUUAAUUACUAGACUAGCUUGCUGCCCCAGGGAAGGAAAUCUUACUCGUUUUGAGGCCAAAACAAUAUCAGCUCUUGUUCUGCUUUUUCCAAAGGGUAGGCAUUUUCCCAUGUUUCGGUUCUCAGCUGAAGAAUGGCUACAUAUAAAAUUUCACCCAAAGUGGAAACGGGCUUUUCCAUCUUGGUGGAUAAAGGUUACGGGUCACAGGCAGUACAGAAGAGCCCAUUUGUGCAGCGAGUUGGGACAGAAGUCAGCUCAAUGGGCUCCUGUGUCACAAAUCUGGACACAGCCGCGUCGUAACGGUUUGAAUGGAAUUGCUGAAAAUGAGCCAGUCUCUCCAAGAGCCGUGUCAAUACUUAAUCACUGGGAAGUGCACGUUGUAGCUGCAGAGCU